AUGACGGGUGCAGACACCGACGAGAAGAAGAAGGAGUGCUUCGGAUCCGACGACAUCCGCGAAGCCGUGGGCAACAGCAUGGGUAGGGACAAGGGCGACGUGAAGGACUCCGAUGUCCGGGAGUUCCUCGAUGAAGGUGUGAAGGAGGAGAUUUGGACCUUGCUUGAGUCCUGCCCGGAAGAUUCCAAGGAGAGAUGCAUGACGGCGGCAAAGGAGAUGCUCGCCGCAGUGUCUGGCGAAGAGGCGUCUGGCAUCCCAGACGACAAGGUGCGCAAGCUCCUGGACGACGAGAUGGCUUCCGCGCUGGGCGAGCGCAUGGGGGCGUGCAUGGCCGAGGCUGCGGAUGACGCCGCCAGGGAGAGUUGCCGGACCAGCCUCGCCACGGGUGUCCUGGGCGUGACCCGUGGCGAGGCGCCUUCGAGGACCGACAUGGAGGAGGCGCUGACUGAGGCCGGGCGCAACAAGGCCAAGGAGGUGAGCCAGAGCUGCCAAGGGAGCCGCGAGGAGUGUAUGGAGAAGCUGCGAGAGGAGGCCGCCAAGUCCAUGGGCCUAAGCAAGGAGGACCUCUCGGACAUGGAGGUUGAGAGGCUGAACAUGGAUGGGGCCCGUGAUGCUGCAAAGGAGGCUGCCCGUGGCUGCGCCGCAGCUCGCAAGGAGGAGGCCUCUGCCAGCUGCGCCGACCCCACGGAGAUCUACGCGAGCGCUCGGCAAGUCUCCAUCGAUGAUGACGUGGAGCGGGAGCGCAUCAAGCAGGAGUUGGUGAAGGAGACAGAGAAGGAUGCCAUGAGGACCUGCAUGAAAGAAUCCGACAAGACCGGCUUCGAGCGCUGCAUGGGGCAGGUGACGGAUGUGGAGGAGAUUGCGGGGCAGCUCUUUGAGGGCCUCUCUGCCGAGCGGAAGGAGAACAAACAGCAGAGGGCCAAGGAGGAGGCUGCCGUGGAGGUGGUCGGGGAGCGGUUCCAGCUCUGCAUGGAGGCGUCAGAAACGGAGGAGCAGAUGAAGGCCUGCCGCGACGAGAUUCGCGAUGGUGCCAGCAUGGCCGGCUUGAUGGAAGACGUGGAGGAUGUCGUCAAGAAGUACCAGCGCAACACGGUGGCCAUUGCAGCCCGGGCCUGCAACUCCACGCAGCGGAAGGCAUGCGUUGACCAGGCCAAGGAGGAGCUCAAGAAGAGCGGGCUCAAGGAGAGGGCCUUCGGUGUGGUGCGCAGACUUGCGGAGAUGAAAGCUGCAGCCGAGACAUGGGCAGCCUGCCAGGAACAAAGUGCGGAGGCGAAUGCUACCUGCAACUCCAUUGCCCAGGCAGCGCUUGAGGAUAUCAGCGGCUCUGCUGAAGCAUGGACUGAGGAGGCUGCCGAGAAGGUCCUGGAGCUUGGCCAAGCCAUGCUCGAGGGCAAAGAAAUUGUCCUUCGCAAGCUGCACACCAUCCUGCUGGAAAGCCUGACCGACGCCCUGGAAUGCUCUGACGCGGUGCUGGACAAGCUCGCCGACAGGGCGCAGCAGACCUCAGAUGGCUUCAUGCCCAACUCAACUAUGGGCAUGGGGCGGAACGUGUCCAACAAGGAGUGCAAAAUCGUUUGGGGUCUUGCUCGGUACACCUGCAGGGUGCACACAAAGGACCUCAACGAGACCGAGACCGACGACUUGUCCGACGUCCUCAGCACAGACCUUGGAACCACGAACAUCAACGUGCGCCGCUUGGGGCGGCGUUUGGCUGUGGUCACCGAGUCCUUUGCAGCCCAGGAAGAGGAGGAGACUGCCAGCGACGGCACCAGCACCGGCACCGGCACAGGCACCGGCACCGGCACCACCACCAGCACCGGCGCCGGCACCGGCACCACCACCACCGAGAGGGGAGCAGUGGCGGCUUCGUCUGCCAGCUUCUUUGCCAGCAACCCCCUUUCCGUUUCAGCCCCCCUGAUCUUGUUGUGGUUGAUGUAG